GCGUUUGCCGUGAAAGCCUUACCCCUUUUCAACCACAAUGGAGUCUAGAGAGAUUUACUCCCCUACUACUAAUUCUUACCUAUAAAUUAAUUCGGGUUAUAUUCAGCCUAUAUUUCCCGUUCAUUGCCAACAGUGAUUUGACAUAUUUGUGGCUCAAUUGCUGCAAAGAUUGCAGUUUCUAAAAGCAUAUAUUUGUUCUUAGCUGGCUUCAAUCAGGAAAUUGUUUCAGGCUAUGUAGCACUAAUCUCAUUUUGUCAUUCAAACGCUGCAUUUUUGUUUGGUGAAAAACGACCAACCAAAUUAAGCUCUCUCUAGGCAUGACUGAGUAUAAGCUUGUUGUGGUGGGUGCUGGAGGUGUUGGGAAGAGUGCCUUAACUAUCCAGCUCAUCCAGAAUCACUUUGUGGAUGAAUAUGACCCCACCAUCGAGGACUCGUACAGGAAGCAGGUGGUGAUUGACGGAGAGACGUGUCUGCUGGACAUCCUGGACACAGCCGGUCAGGAGGAGUACAGCGCCAUGAGGGACCAGUACAUGAGGACAGGGGAAGGCUUCCUUUGUGUGUUCGCCAUCAACAACAUCAAGUCCUUUGAGGACGUUCACCUGUACAGAGAACAGAUCAACAGGGUGAAGGACAGUGACAGUGUGCCUAUGGUGCUGGUGGGGAACAAGAGUGACCUGGGGAGUCGGAGCGUGGAGAGCAGGCAGGCUCAGGAGCUGGCCCGCGGCUAUGGUGUGCCCUUCGUGGAGACCUCUGCCAAAACCAGACAGGGCGUGGAGGAGGCGUUCUACUCUCUAGUCAGAGAGAUCAGGAGGUAUAAGGAAACCAACCGCAGCAACAAGAAGAGCAAGAAAAGCACUCAGAGACGUUGCACUAUUCUAUAACACCACACACACACUGCACAUAGCCCAUAACCCCCCCCCCCCACACACUGCAGUUCCUUUACCACAUGGGAGACGUUACCUCUUGUAUUGACAGGGGAUCUGGAAUGGUGACCGCAUCAAGUUCCACUUUCUGUCAGUAGUGUCGUUACCGUAGUAACGGAAACUUCACUUCCUGUUGCUUCUCAUUGGCUGCUCCAUUAGAAUUGUGACUUCAGUUUAUCCACGUUGUUUUCUGACAAUUGUAACAAGAAACUAGAAGUUGUAGCGUUGAAGAGGGGAUUUAUAGACUGGGUUUAAAGCCGCCAUCUUUGGUUGGUUUAAAUAUGAACGUCACUUUACUGCCCCUAGUGGUAAAUAUCUGAGGAGUAAUUAAUUGGGUAAUUAAUGGUGUAAGUCUCAUAGCUACACAUUCCAAAUGAUCAUCUUGUUUAUUUUUUCACCCUAAGGGGGAAACAAAAUGAUUUUUGGUCUUUGCCAACGUGUUCUGCAUUGCAAGAAGCCAGUGUAGGCGAGCUUUUCUUGCAUUCCAAGGUCGUUUUCUCUUCAGUAUUUACACAAGUGGCUAUCUCUGUUAUUGUUUUUUUAAACGAUUCAGCAGGGUUGAAAUAGAGAAGGUAUUUUGGUCCUCACUAGCCUCACUCUCACUUUCUGUAUUAAAAAUAAUCCAAUCAGAGUCGAAGGCCACAACUCACUAUUGUGUCAUUAGGCAGCGUUUACAUGGGCAGCUCAAUUGGGAUUUUUCCCAAUUAUUGGCAGAAGAGCUGAUCUGAUUGGUCAAAAGACCAGUUAGUGAGGAAAAUAUCAGAAUUAGGCUGCCUGUGUGAACACGGCCUUAUACUGUUGCCAUUUCUAUAGGAUCAUGUCCAAUUAUUUAGGCUAGCUGUUCAGGUCAGUGUCCUAGCUUGAGGUCCAUUAAAGUUAAAGUUGUGCACAUGAA